GGCUAUCUACGAGCAUUUCCUCCAAUUCAAUAUCCUUUCAAAUUAGGGCUUCUUUCUAAUAUAGAGUCUGUUUCAAGGCACACGAAUGUACCCCAGCGGAACUUGAAUUAUAUCAUAUAGCGAUCAAGAAAAUUGACAAUUUUCUCACUCAAAAUGCUGUUCUUCUCGUACUUCAAGGAUCUGGUGGGUCGAGAAGUGACUGUGGAGCUGAAGAACGAUUUGGCGUUAAGUGGUACUUUACACUCUGUGGAUCAGUACCUCAACAUUAAGCUCGAAAACACGCGGGUUGUUGAUCAAGACAAGUACCCCCACAUGCUUUCAGUGAGGAAUUGCUUCAUCAGAGGAUCAGUGGUGAGGUACGUCCAAUUGCCACCAGAGGGAGUUGAUGUUGAAUUGCUUCAUGAUGCCACAAGAAGAGAAGCCAGGGGUGGCUAAAGCACAUCGGUUAUCCUUCGUAUGCUUAGAGAUUGUCAUUUAAAUGCAUUUACAUUUAGUAAGAAUCUUUUGUGGAAAAUUUGCUAACUUAUCAACUCUGUAAUUUUAGGAAAGAUUUCAAUUGAAGUUUAUGUCACAUCUCUUGGUUUUGAUUAUCAGAAAUAUGAAUUACUAAGCUUUAUGCUUCUAUAGAUCUUUGAGUUAAUCUAUAAUCAUGAAUUGAAGGCUGUAGCAAAAAGGGAUUCAUGUAAUCGACUCUAAAAUUAUUGAGAACGAAGUUUAUUUUGUUCAUCA